UAGAAUCUCUAAGGCCAGCCGAUUUCUCACCCCUUCGCACGUGCCAAUCCAUGCCAUUGGCACGUGCCACUGCCAUGAUUUCUGGGUAAUGCCCUUCCAUCCACCAUUCUCGUUCCUCUCUCUCUCUCUCUCGCUCGCUCGCUCGCUCGUUCGUAAUGGGAGAGUUGGGUUUCUGCCUACCUGAAGGCAUUUGGUUGUUCUGGGUGACAGCAGCGUGAUCACCUCUCAUUCAAUUAGUCCCAUAAGUUCCGCUGCUUGUUCUGAGGACAAGAGAGAAGAAAGAUAAGAUUCUGUGGUGGAUACUGUUGGGCUGCUGGUGCCUAAGAUUCUGUGGUGGAUACUGUUGGGCUGCUGCUGCCUCUUUUUCCAGUUGAGCUGAGUUGGUGUUUUCCCUUUGGGGUCCAUCCUGUGCUUGAGAAGAAAGAUGGGCGAGGAGGAGCAAUCCGCUUCGCUGCAGCGGAUGAAUGAUGGCGCCUAUCCGAUGUGUUUUGGUGUUUCGUGCGCUUUCGUUGCUCUUCAACUUAUGUCGAGGAUGGGAAGGCUCGAUGCUCAUCAUCGGCGUCGCGUAGGCGAAUUGAUGCUUCAAGGGAGUGCGCAGCUCUUGGGGUUGCUUGUAGAGAGAGUUCAAAGAAGGGCAGAGGCAUUGGAGGAGGAGCUGAGGAAGGCCGAAUUGGAGGUUGAUGAGCUAAAACAGAGGAGAAUUGAAGAUGCCAGGGCCAAUGAGAAGGUCGUGAGCAUCUUCGCUGCUCGCGAACAGAGCUGGAUCGCGGAAAGGAAGAGCCUGAGGCAUCAGAUCCAAGCACUUGUCGCCGAGAUGCGAAUCUUGAAGGCAAGGAAUGAAGAGGCCAUGUUGGAUCUGAGGAGGAGAGUCGAGGAGGAGGAGCGCGCGAUACGAAUCAAGGACGAAGCCUUCGAGGAAGAAGCAAGGAAGAGGAGAGAGCUGGAGGAGAUGCUGCAGUUGGCUGAGGAAGCAAAGGAGGAAUUGAAAGAGAGGACGGAGGAGGAGGCGCGGCAGCACUCAGCUGAGCUUCGGAAGCAUAAGACGGCGUUUGUGGAGCUCGUCUCCAGCCAGCGCCAAUUGGAAGCUGAGAUGGGUCGCGCCCUCCGACAAGCUGAGGCGGCGAAGCAGGAGCUUGAGGAAGUCUUCGAGCGGAAGGAGGAAGCGCUUGCGAUGGUCCAGAAGCUCUCCGGAGAGACCGUGAAGCUUCGGAAAGAUUCGGAGCAGAAGGAUAAGAUCCUCUCAGCGAUGCUGAGGAAAUCCAAGCUCGACACUGCAGAGAAACAGAUGCUGCUGAAGGAGGUGAAGAUAUCGAAGGCGAAGACGAGACGAGCUGAGAUGGAGAUGGAGAGAUGGAAGAACAUGUGGGAGUCGCGGCACAAGAAGGGCUGGAGGUCAGCACACUCUCUGGAGGUAGGUCCUUCGCAGAACCGAAGGGCAGAAUUGCAGCUUGAGAGCAGUGGAUGCACUUCCAAGACUCUUCUUUUAGAGUACUUGGAAGCUGAGAGCAGGCAAGAGCACGAAUCUUCUGCAGCAAAGGGAGAAAACAUCAUUACAACGGUCGAAUGUUUCGAUCCGUAUUCGAGCGAUGGGAACGAUGAGCCUGUUAGCUAUGACUUCGAACGACUGCAAGAUUGGGUUCGCUUGGAGACCGAGAAGUAUGCAGCUGUGCUUGAGCAGAGGCAUUACGCAGAGAUGGAGGCAUUCACAGAGCAAUUGAGAGCCAAAGAUGAGAAACUUGAAGCUUUUCGAUGGCAGCUGCUAAGCAUGGAGCUCGAGUCAAAGCGGCUUCAGUCUCACAUAGAAGGUCUCGAUGGGAAUCUAUCCCAGUUCAAAGAGGAAAACUUAAGAUUGGAAGCGCUGUUGUUGGACAAGGAAAAGGAGCUGAUGUUGUUGAAAGAGAAAAGCAGAUACCUUGUCCAACACUGCCAAAAGAACAACUCAAAUUAUUUUCCCAGUUCUGACUCCAUCAGAACGAAUUCUCCCAGAUCCGGGGCUUGCAAUCCUUGGUCAGAAGUGAAGCUCACAAAGAUGAGACAAAGGGAGAAAGAUCAGGAGUCCAAGACCAGCUUAGUUAGAGACACCCAGAAGGCAGGGAGCUUGGUUCGAGGGAUGGAUACUUGGAAUGCCAGCGAAGAAACAAAACUGAUGCAGCUGGAAUCACAUAAAAAUAGAGAACUUAUGCACAGAUGGAGCACAGCUACUAAUACCGCAGCAAUUAGUCCAACUUACACAGCACGAUCAAUGGAUAAUUUUGAGGGCAUCGCCAUUACCUGUGUUAAUGAAACACCUUUAGAAGAACCUAAAAGAUCAGAGAUUAUAUCAAGGGACAAAGCUGAGAGUAUCAUCCCGACCUCCCCGUCUCCCAAAGAAGAGAUAGAAGAAGAGAGAGAGGUUAGCAUGGACCCUGGUAAUGUUCACUUGACAAUUAACUUUCAAGAAGAUGCUGACAUUGAUGAUAAGUAUUCUUCAUCACCUGGACCAUCGACUGCGAAGAAGGAUUCAUCUUGGAGAAUGGACAUUCAUGCACUCGGAAUUUCUUACAAGAUCAAAAGGCUGAAGCAGCAACUAGUUGUGCUCGAAAAGUUGACUGCAACUCAGGUGACGGAGCAGCCGACAAUCAAGGAUGAUGCUUCGAACAAUGCAGCUGACGAGAACAGGCAGCAGCAAGACAAGGGGUUCGUGAUAAUGAUGGCUUUGCUAAAUAAACAGGUGAAAAGGUAUCAAUCACUCGAAGAGAGGACCGACAACCUCUGCCAGAGGAUGCACGAGAAUUAUCGAUCUGGAAGCAGCAGGAAUUCACCAAUUGGCAGCACAGAGGAGCAAACUGAAGCACUAGAGCACUUCCUGGAAGAAGCCUUUCAGCUGCAGAGGUAUAUGGUGGCAGCAGGACAGAAGUUGAUGGAGCUGCAAUCCAGGAUGACUUCUUGCAUUGCCAAUGGUUGCGAACUCGGAGAGUCCGUAGGCUUCAAUAUGAGGCUGUUUGCAGAUAUUGUUAGAACUCUCUUUCAGGAAAUACAGAAAGGCCUGGGGGUUCGAAUAGCUCGAAUUAUUGGAGAUCUUGAGGGGACGCUAGCUUCUGAUGGCAUCCUUCACAGGUGAAAAAUGAAGUAAGAUUCAAUUGUUUUCCUUUUAAACAAGGCCAUCUUCACAUUGCCAACCACAGGAAAUAAUAGAUAAAUCAGAAGUGUUCUUCUUUUCUUUUCUGUUUUGGAACAGAUUUAGAAGGCUUCGUUUUCCUUUCGCUGCUUGUGUUUGUAAAGAAAGUUACUCCUGUGAAUGAAAUGCCCCAUAAUAUACUAACGGCAGGAAAGCUAGAUUGUAUCCAAACCUGUCUCCAUGGAAA